ACAAAAGUACAGUUGCGCGCGCGCUCAGUGCAAACCCGAAAAAAGUCCCAGCACAACAGAACAUUUACAUCUGGUGCAGAGAUCACCAUAUUUUAGCACGGGGGAAAGUAAUAUAAUUGGUUUGUCGAUAUGCUUGAUGUGUUUAUUUUGUUAUGCCUUUGACCUACUGCUACAUUAGAAAAUGGCGGAGUCGGAUGGUGGGGAUUUCGCCUCGAAUCGUCCGCAGAACAGUAUGGCUAACCAGAAUAGCACCCUGCGUUGCACGUUCUCAGCCCCAAGCCAUAGCGCCACUCUCCUGCAGGGCUUGUCGGUCCUGCGAGUCCAGGGGCAGCUCCUGGAUGUGGUGCUGGCCAUCAAUGAGGAGCGCUUCCAGGUUCACAAGGCAGUGCUGGCCUCCUGCAGUGACUACUUCAGAGCCAUGUUCACUGGAGGCAUGAGGGAGUCAAACAAGGACACCAUUGAGCUGAAAGGCUUGUCUGCCCGCGGCCUGAAACACAUAAUUGACUUUGCUUACAGCGCAGACGUCACACUUGACCUGGACUGCAUUCAGGAUGUACUGGGAGCAGCUGUCUUUCUCCAGAUGGUCCCAGUCGUGGAGCUCUGUGAGGAGUUCCUCAAGUCAGCCAUGAGCGUAGAGACCUGCCUGAACAUUGGCCAGAUGGCCACCACCUUCAACCUGUCCUCCCUCAAGGAGUCUGUGGACACCUUUACCUUCCGCCACUUCCUGCAGAUCGCUGAGGAGGAGGACUUCCUGCACAUUCCCAUGGAGCGCCUGGUCUUCUUCCUGCAGAGCAACAAGCUGAAGAACUGCAGCGAGAUAGACCUGUUCCACGCUGCCAUCCGCUGGCUGCAGCACGACGAGGUCCGCCGGGCCGGAGCCAACAAAGUGCUCUGCCACGUACGAUUCCCCCUCAUGCGCUCCUCAGAGCUGGUGGACAGCGUGCAGACGGUGGACAUCAUGGUAGAGGACGUGCUGUGCAGGCAGUACCUCCUGGAGGCCUUCAACUUCCAGAUCCUCCCUUUUCGUCAGCACGAGAUGCAGUCCCCUCGGACCAUGAUCCGCUCCGAAGUAGUUUCGCUCAUUACCUUUGGUGGAACACCCUACACUGACAAUGACCGUACUGUGAGCAGUAAGGUGUUCUAUCUUCCAGACAUUGCAGCGCGUCAGUUCAAGGAACUAACGGAGGCGGAGACAGGUUCCAGCCACGCCUGUGUAUCGGUGCUGGACAACUUUGUUUACGUAGUAGGCGGGCAGCACCUGCAGUACCGCAGCGGCGAAGGGGCGGUAAACAUCUGCUUCCGCUAUGACCCGCACCUGAGCCAAUGGCUGCGCAUCCAGCCGAUGCAGGAGGGGCGCAUUCAGUUCCAGCUCAACGUUCUUCAAGGACAACUCUACGCCACUGGGGGGCGCAACCGAUCUGGAAGUCUGUCGUCCGUAGAGUGCUACUGUCCCAAUAAAAAUGAGUGGACCUACGUGGAACCACUGAAACGCAGAAUCUGGGGCCAUGCAGGAACUCCCUGUGGUGACAAGCUCUACAUCUCAGGGGGUUACGGUGUCUCGGUGGACGAUAAGAAAGCCCUGCACUGUUAUGAUCCCACAUCUGACCAAUGGGACUUCAAAUCGCCCAUGAACGAGCCCAGAGUGCUACAUGCUAUGAUCACCGCCAAAGACCGUGUUUACUGCCUGGGUGGUCGCAUGGACCAUGUGGACCGCUGCUUUGACGUCCUGGUGGUUGAGUAUUAUAUUCCAGAGAAUGACCAGUGGACCACUGUUAGCCCAAUGCGAGCAGGGCAAUCUGAGGCAGGCUGCUGCUUGUUGGACAAAAAGAUCUAUAUUGUUGGAGGGUACAAUUGGCAUCUAAACAAUGUCACAAGCAUCGUGCAAGUGUACAACACAGAGGCUGAUGAGUGGGAGAGGGACUUGCACUUCCCUGAGUCUUUUGCAGGAAUUGCGUGUACGCCGAUCAUACUUCCACAAACCACCACGCAACGGUAAUCCCUCCGCCCAAAGUGACUGUGACAAUUUGAUUCCAUGGGUGAUUCCUCACAAAACUGAAAACAAAAAAGAUACCAUGAUUUGGGGGAUUUUUAGUCAAUUUAAUCCACAGAAGGGUCCUUUGGAAGAAGGAUGGAUGACACAUAUAGUGCCUUCAGAAAGUAUUCACACCCCUUGACUUUUUCCACAACUUGUUGUGUUACAGCCUGAAUUUAAAAUUGAUUAAAUUUGGAUUUUGUGUCACUGGCCUACACACAAUAUCCCAUCAUGUUAAAGUGGAAUUAUGUUUUUAGACAUUUUUACAAAUGAACAAAACCUGAAAUGUCUUGAGUCAAUAACUAUUCAACCCUUUUGUUAUGUCAAGCCUUUAUAAUUUCAGUAGUAAAUUUGCUUAACAAGUCACAUAAGUGUUUAUCACGAUUUUUGAAUGACUACCUCAUCUCUGUACCCCACACAUACAAUUAUCCAUAAGGUUCUUCAGUCGAGCAGUGAAUUUCAAACACAGAUUCAACCACAAAUGCCAGGGGGGUUUUCCAAUGCCUCGCAAAGAUAUUUGGUAGAUGGAUAAAAAAAGCAGAUAUUGAAUAUCCCUUUGAGCAUGGUCAAGUUAUUAAUUACAUUUUGGAUGGUGUAUUAAUACACCCAGUCACUACAAAGAUACAGGGGUCCUUCGGGGGAUUUCACCAUGAGGCCAAUGGUGACUUUAAAACAGUUACAGAGUUUAAUGGAGAAAACUGAGGAUGGAUCAACAACAUUUUAGUUACUCCAUAAUACUAACCUAAAUGACAGUGAAAAGAAGGAAUCCUGUACAGACUAAAAAUAUUCCAAAACAUAGAUCCUGUUUGCAACAAGGCACUAAAGUAAAACUGCCUCCCAAAAAUGGCAAAUAAAUUAACUUUAUGUCCUGAAUACAAGACAAUAUUGAAUGUUCCUGAGUGGCCUAGUUACAGUUUUGACUUAAAUCGACUUGAAAAUAUAUGGCAAGACUUGAAAAUGGCUGUCUAACAAUGGUCACCAACCAACUUGACAGCUAGAAGAAGAAAAAUAAUAAUGUUCAAAUGUUUUACAAUCCAGGUGUGCAAAGAAAGCUCUUAGAGACUUACCCAGCAAGACUCACAGCUGUAAUCACUACCAAAGGUGAUUCUAACAUGUAUUGACUCAGGGGUGUGAAUACUUAUGUAUAUUUGAUAUUUCAUUUUCAAUAAAUGUUCAAAAAAUGUCCAAAACAUGUUUUCAAUUUGUCAUUAUGGGUUAUUGUGUGUAGAUUGGUGAGAUAAAAAAAAUAAGUAUUUAAUCCUAUUUAAAUUCAGGCAGUAACAUAAGUUGUGGAAUAAGUCAAGGGUUAUGAGUAGUUUCUGAAGGUACUGUAUUUGACGUUUGUAUCUUAACGCAUAAUUGAGAAAUAAUGAAUUGAAGUUGGAAUAUUUGUGACAUUUUCGCCUUAACUUCCUUUAAGACUCCAUAAUGUUUUAUCUGUUAAGAUCUGUUAAGAUGUUGAUAUAAUAUAGGCUACAGUGUAUUACUUCAUCUUCCAUCCUAUGGUUGAGGUCCAUGUGCUGCAUUAUAACGAACUGUGUUUGAAAUGAUGUGAAGGCCAGAGCUAGUGUAAAUGUAUUAGUGGCCUUUUAAUGGAAAAUAAGUGUUAGCUCUAAGGACAGACUUACUGUUAAAUAGAUAAUUAUUUACAUUUCAACGUAGUUUUGGGUGUUUAAUAAAAUACUUAAAGCACUACCCACAAUCAAAAACCUAUUAACAGAUUUGCAGGAUAACAUUUCUACAUUUGUGCCAUGCAUCAAGGAAGCAUGUUUCUAUUAAUUGGCUGGGUAAAUACAUUGAAAUAGUCACUUUGCGGGGUUUAACUUAAAACAAAACAAAAAUGACAACAGAUUUGAUGACAGAUUAGACGGCAUGGGACCCGUAAGCAUUGUUCACAUUGAAGUUACUCAAAUUCAAUUUUAUUGCAUAUAGCCAAUUUAGAAUCUGUUCUUUUUCUGGCAGUCUGAACAGCCAAAAAGCACAUGGAAUCGGAUAUUUCAAGACACAUUUCAAACCACCUUCAUAGGCGGUUUGAAGUCCGAUACAAAUCUUAUUCCUGGCCAUGCGACUUGUCUGAACCGUCAAAUCUGAUUUGCCCUCGUGUGGUUUUUAGACUGCUAUUUGGCAUAUCUUGUUGCUUGCUAGCUACUCUGUUGACAGUUUGACAAGAACAUGUGGUAUCUAACUAGCUUGUUAAUUGUUUACAAACAAAUUAGUGAAUGUGCUAGAAAGCUACCUAGCUAGCUAGUUGACUGCUGUGGCUAGCCAAAAAGGACUUGUUUUGAAAAUACUUGUUUUAACCUUUGAGGCUUAAAAAGUGUUCUUACACUAUGAUGUUGAACAUUCAAAUCAACUGGGAAACGUCCAUGGGAGGCAUUGUUGUCACCUUAGCUUGCUACAUAACUUCUGAUGCUUCGGUCUGAUACCAUUUCUGUCAAGCCGUCAACGCAUACAAUUUGAUGCAUACUUUUGAUAAAUCCAAAGUGUCCACCACACAGAAUGCACUGCAACUGCUUCUGCAACGCAAUGCUGCAAGGCAAACGCAGCGUUCCAUUGGAAAUGAAUGUACAGUACUGGUCAAAAGUUUGGACACAGCUACUCAUUCAAGGGUUUUUCUUUAUUUUUUACUAUUUUCUACAUUGUAGAAUAAUAGUGAAGAUGUCAAAACUAUGAAAAAACACACAUGGAAACAUGUAGUAACCAAAAAAGUGUUAAACAAAUCAAAAUAGAUUUUAGAUUUUAGAUUCUUCAAAGUAGCCACCCUUUGCCUUGACAGCUUUGCACAUCCUUGGUAUUCCCUCAACCAGCUUUACCUGGAAUGCUUUUCCAGCUGUCUUGAAGGAGUUCCUACAUAUGCUGAGCACUUGUUGGCUGCUUUUCCUUCACUCUGCGGUCCAACUCAUCCCAAACCAUCUCAAUUGGGUUGGCGUCGGGUGAUUUGUGAAGGCCAGGUCAUCUGUGUGAGUGCAUGAGAACAUCCGUGGUUAGUGCACCUUAUGUAGGAAUUCUGUAGGCUUCUUGCAUUUUCUCUAAAAUGUUAUACUGUGUAUAAUCAAUACUGUAGAUCAGAAUAAGUGAUUUUGUCUCGUCCAACUCUUGCAGUGUUUAGUUGUGAUGAACAAGUGAGGGUGGGAGGGUACUGGUCAAGUGGCCAGAUUCGAAGGCCAAGUUACAUUUGUGUCACCCCCUUCUCCUAGCUCCUACACAAAAGGACUCUAUAGGUGUGAGAAAUAGGAUGAUGCCAUCACCUAUCUUCAAAUAGACAUAAGCCUACUGCUUUCACCUAUCCAGUCCUGCCAGAACUCUGAAGGCCAAAGAGCUAAAGGCAAGGAGCUGAAAUUUAUGUAAGGGGGACCUCCUGAUGGAAAGAACAAGCACAGCACAUAAGCAGUGAGGAUAUGUGAUUAUUGUCCUGUGUAUUUCUCCCUUUAGGAUAGUGCAUAUGGUAAAAUGUUAGUUUAAUGAGGAGUAGCCUAUUUGUGAGACCACAGCACAUAAGCAGUGAGGAUAUAUGAUUAUUGUCCUGUGUAUUUCUCCCUUUAGGAUAGUGCAUAUGGUAAAAUGUUAGUUUAAUGAGGAGUAGCCUAUUUGUGAGACCUUCAGUAUUGUAUGCACAACUGAUUGUUAAUGUAUUUUACUCCUUGUAGACUAUGUUGACAGUGGUGAGACAAGCUUAUAAUGCAAAAUCUUAUUUGGAAGCACAACAUGGCCGUCGUUGAAAUAUGUUUUGGUUUUGAAAAUGUCACCCGUUUGCUUCACCUGUUCUGAUGUUUUGUAUGUCCAAUUCAAAAGCACAUAGUUAGCUUUUAAGUGCUUUUUAUAAGUGGAGUACACUGUUAUCAAAGGAGAAUGUAGAGUUUUUCUGCCAUUGAAAUCCUUGGGUGGGCCACCUAAGUGUAUUUUCCGGGACUCCUAAGUUAAAAUGCUUACUUUUUUAUUUUUUUAUCAAUUUUUUAAACAUUUAUUUUCGGAAUGGAAAAAAUCUUUCAGUGUAAACUUAAACGAUUAAAACCAGAUAAGGUAUGUAGAAAGAUAAUGGACCUAUAUAUUUUUCAAUAAUAUCAUAUUUGAAAACUAACAAUCACCAAAAUAAAACAUAGACAGUCAGGGAUAAUUGGAAAUACUAAAAACAAUUAAUCUAGCCGUAUUGAUUUUGUUAAUAUGUUUGAGCAAAAGAACACAGCAUUAUCCAUGGCAACAUGCAUAGAAUUGCAGGAAAUUUGCAUUAAAACUGCAACAUUGUCACUCCCUCCAUGGCAGAAUAUGUAGAAUCGCAGGGAAUUCGCUUUAAAAUGCAAAAAUGUAUCUCAGCGGAGAUACAUUUCUCCGUGGAGAAAUUGGUUUAAAAAUGCCUCUACACCACCUAAACCCCUUUUUUAAACAACCCUGCAUAACCUUAAAGCUGAGAACCGCGAUAGGCGAAGCAGCCGCCCCUAGAUGCAUUUGUUAUUGUUUUGAGGAAAUGAGCAUCCAGCAAAAAAAAUCUGAUGUCCAACGGGAAAAAAUCAGUGUCUGUUUGAAGUAAUGUCUGUUGUUGUAAUAUCGCAACCGGAUGUGUUCAAUUUCACCGCUAUGGAUUCCAGCUUUAAUUAAAGGUGUUAUGUAACAGUAUAACUUUAGCCAGGGACCCUCUGCACACAUCAACAACAGUCACCCACGAGGCAUCGUUACCCAUCGCUCCACAAAAGCCGCGGCCCUUGCAGACCACUACUUCAAGGUCUCAAGGCGAGUGACGAGUGACGUAACCGAUUGAAACGCUAUUAGCGCGCACCACCGCUAACUAGCUAGCCAUUUCACAUCCGUUACAGUUACAUGAACUGAAAACAGCAUUCAGGUGUUGUAGAUGAAUGUAUCAUUUUUCAAAGAACAACAGAAUCUUCAUGGGAUGGCAGAUUAAUGUAAAUUGAAGACAAGUGAAACCUUAUUCCCAAUCGUAGAAACUUGACCCGUCAGUGAAACUGUGAAAUACAAGACCAUACCAGAAUGUGUUUCAUUUUAUGAGCUCUUCCUCUUUCUUAUACAGUACUGUAAUACAGAUGUGAUAUGUAGAUUGUACACAUUCUUUUUGUGAUCAGCAUACUAAUCCUUUUGUCAUUUGUGUAAGUGUUUUUUACAGAAAAUUAUAUUGAAUAAGUUGUUGAGAAAUGCCCUUGCUCCAGAGCUUCAUGCUUUAAAAGUGUGUCAGAGGACAACAUGCGCUUAUGAGAUUAUUCGUAAUUAAUGUAUGGUUUAUAUGAGGUGCUAUUUUUGCCUUUCUAUACUUGACCAUACCCUGUAUUUAGCUAAAUACUCUGCAUUUAAACUGCAGCAUCACUGUAAAUUUCACAAAGACAUGAAUCCCAAUAUUUCCUGUCAAUCAACUAUAGGCCUACUGUAUCUGGACAACUGAUCAAUUUGGUAUAGGCCAUUUCAGUUUAUAUCUGUUCAUCAUGACCCUGAUACAAUUACAAGGAUUUGAUUUAUCCAUUACUGGUAUUUCAACUUUGGUAGAGCAAAAUCUUUAUUUGUACCAAAAAAAUGUAUGAUUAGUAAAUAUUUGAAAAAGUAGCAUGUACAUAUCUGCCAUGUGUCCUUCAUACUUUCUGUAAUCUACUUCAAAAGAUACUGUGGAGAAUUUGUAAUCUUGUUGUGGGUCUGUGAAUUUGCCAUCCAUGGUUUUGACAGAACAGGUGUGUGUAUGUGCUGCUCCAGGUAGAUGUCCCCCCCUGGGGAUACCUUGUUCACUCAGUUCAUUGUGUAGUUCAGAUAUUGAGUGGCUUUUAAUAAAACUUCUUGAAACUUCAAGAAAUAGAUUGUU